CCAUCACCAACUCUCUCUCUCUCUCUUCACCCUACUAGAGAGAGAAAGCUCUUCUUAAUAUCCCCUUUCCCCAUUCUAUCCCUACCCAAAAACCCUAUCUUUCAAGAUUCUUUUGAAUCUUGAUUCUACUGGUUCAUCUUCGUUCUUGAUUCACCGAUUCGACCAUCUGGGUGUUGUUGGAUUUGUUAAAAAAGUGUAAAGAUUUGAGGUAUGCAGGCUGAUCAGACAGUGUUGAGUUUGAGACCUGGUGGCGGAAACCGAGGAAGAACUUCUGGCCCUCGUUUUGAUUCGUUGGCUUUUGGUUCAUCUGAUCUUCGUCCCAACAGUGGUUCCGGUGGUGGUUCUUCUUUAGCCGCCUUUAAGAGCAAUGAUUCCAGGGAGUUUGGUGAGCGUAUUCAUUACACCCGAGACCAACUGUUACAACUUAGGGAGGUUGUAGAUAUUCCUGAGGUGAUACUAAAAGUCAAACAAGAAGUUGAAACUGAAUUUUUCGGGGAGUCCCAAAGCUGGACCAAAUCUGAAGGAAACUUGCAGGUGCCAAAUCAGCCUCAAGUACGCUACUCUGAGCCUGAUAAUCGAGACUGGCGGGGAAGAGCUCCGCCGUCGGUGGAUGAGCGGUCUUGGGAUUCUGGUCGAGAAAACCGCGAUUUCGGCCGUUUCGACAACCAACCAAAUUCACAAUUUGGUAGAACACAAGCCUCCCCUAACCAAGGGAUUGGGGGACCCACUCCUGCACUUGUCAAAGCUGAGGUGCCAUGGUCUGUUCGAAGAGGCACUCUUUCCGACAAAGAUCGUGUCUUGAAGACAGUAAAAGGUAUCCUGAACAAGUUGACUCCGGAAAAGUUUGACCUUCUCAAGGGUCAACUCAUUGACUCAGGGAUCACGACAGCUGAUAUUCUUAAGGGUGUUAUCUCGUUGAUAUUUGACAAAGCGGUUCUCGAGCCAACGUUUUGCCCGAUGUAUGCUCAACUAUGUUCGGAUCUCAAUACGAAGCUUCCUCCGUUCCCAUCCGAUGAACCUGACGGAAAGGAUAUUACUUUUAAGCGUGUAUUGUUAAAUAACUGUCAAGAGGCGUUUGAAGGUGCCGAUAACUUAAGGGCUGAAAUAAGGCAGAUGACCGCCCCUGAACAAGAAUCUGAACGUAGAGAUAAAGAAAGAUUAAUUAAGCUACGUACUCUUGGAAAUAUCCGUUUAAUCGGUGAGCUUUUGAAGCAGAAAAUGGUCCCAGAAAAAAUCGUUCAUCACAUCGUUCAGGAACUAUUAGGACCCGACAAUAAAGGUUGCCCCGAAGAGGAAAAUGUUGAGGCGAUCUGCCAAUUUUUCAUCACGAUCGGAAAACAACUUGACGAAAGUCCAAAAUCGAAGAGAAUUAAUGAUCUUUAUUUUCAAAGACUUAAGGAAUUAGCAACGAACCAACAGCUAGCUCCGCGUAUGCGGUUUAUGGUUCGUGAUGUUAUCGAUCUUAGAUCGAAUAAAUGGAUUCCAAGGAUGGAACAGGUGAAAGCGAAGACGAUUACGGAGAUUCAUAACGAAGCUGAGAAGAACAUGGGACUCCGUGCAGGGUCUACCGCUAGCAUAAGAAACAGCAGAGCAGCACAAGCUAAUAUAAGCCCUAAUUUCAACCGACCCGGUACAGGUGGCAUGAUGCCCGGGAUGCCUGGGGCCCGCAUGAUGCCGGGUACACCUGGAUUAGAAAACGAUAACUGGGAGGUUCCGAGGUCCCGCUCGAUGCCUCGGGGUGUUCAACCACCGUUGCUUAACAAGACACCGUCACCAAGCCAGAAGUUUCUUCCUCAAGGUAGUGUUGGUGUCGGUGGCGGUGGCGGUUUCAUUAGCGGCAAGCCUAGCGCUUUAUUGCAAGGCAGUGGUGGACCCGGUGGUGCCGCUUCUGUCCCCAUCUCUCCGGUGACGGCUCCGACUAGACCCGUUCAAACGCCUGUUGCCGCUGCGGCUGCUGUGCCUACGAAGGCGAAGAAUCCUGACGAACUUAAGCGGAAAACGGUUUCCUUACUCGAGGAAUAUUUCAGUGUUCGUAUACUAGAUGAAGCGUUACAAUGCUUGGAGGAACUGAAAGCACCGGAAUAUCACUCGCAGUUCAUCAAAGAAGCGGUUUUUCUGGCUUUGGAGAAAAGCCCACCGUGUGUCGAACCGCUAGCGAAGCUUUUCGAGUAUCUUCUAGCCAAGAAGGUUUUGACCCGAACUGACUUGAUAACCGGGUGCACUUCAUACGGUUCGUUACUGGACGAUAUCGCAAUCGAUCUACCAAAAGCACCGAACAACUUUGGUGAGAUCAUGGGGCAUUUGGUGGUCGCUGGUGGUUUGGAUUUCAAGACCGUGUUUGACGUUUUGAAGACCAUGGAGGAUGAUUACUAUCAGAAAGCGGUUUUUACAGGUGUUAAAAGGGUUGUUGAUUCAAGCGCUAACGGGAAAGAUGUUUUGGAGUCGCAAGCGGGCGAUGUGGGUGCGUGUGAAGGCCUGUUCUAAGAAGCUGGCUCGGUCUUGAAACAGGUUAUAAGGUGGUUGGAGCAUAUGUCGAAAACAAGAGGCGAGUUUUAGUGACAUUGUAUAAUUUCUUGUUUUUGUUGAGGUUAUGAUAGACAUAGUUUAUAUGUGGUGUUUUAAAACAAAGUGGUGGACUCGUUACCGUGAAUUUUGAUAUCUUUGAGCGUUGUCGAGAGGCAACUGGUUACACUUAAA